AUGACAUCCCCUCCUCCCUCUAGCCUCCUCUUCGACCUCACCACCAUCCUCUUCCUCGCCGCCCUCCUCAUCCUCUCCCUCUUCGCCCUCUCCUUCAUCCUCCACCUCCACGACCGCUCUCUCCACACCCACUCUUUACAAAACUUCACCUCCCUCUGGACCGUCCGCCUCCUCCUCGUCCUCCUCGUCCUCAUGUGGUCUCUCAACGAGAUCGCCCGCCUUCCUCUCAUUCGUCGAAAAUACCUCUUCCCCUUCCGCCAAGAAUCCGUAUGCCAGCUCAACGUCGUCCUCUCGCUGGGGUUUCUCCAGCCCUGCUUUCUAUUGACGCUUUUGUAUCUCAUGAACGCCUCCAUCAAGAAACGAAACCCUAACUCGCUCCGCGCGAUCGUCUCUGUCAUGUUGCUCUCCAUGCCUGUUAUGUGCCUACAGAUUGUUUUCGUCUAUUUCGCGCCCUUUUCUGAGAGGCUGCCCAAGUUCAUGUACGUGAGCUCGGUGGUGUCGGCGGAUCUGAAGGGGGAGAAGAUGGUGCUAUGCUCGUGCCCCUUCUUCAGCUGGCUCGUCUACGGCGGGUUCGCGGUGGCGUACGGCGUGGCGUUCUCGGUGUCGUGCUGGCGGGUGAUGGCGUUCGUGAUCAACAAGGGGAUCGCCAGGCGGAUCAACGUGCUCGCCACCACCGUGAUGGUGGCGCUUCCGACGCAGAUCGUCUGCCUCUGCCUCUCCUGGGUCUGGGUGCCGGAGACGCGCCUCUACGGCGCGAUGCUGCUCACCAUGUUCCUCUCCGUCGCCGUCUGCAUGGCGGUGGCCGUCGUGCUCCUCGUCGUCAGGCCGAUACAGGAGGCGCUCGACGCGGGAGGGGGCUACUACCUCUGGAGCAAUGACGAGACGCAGCGGCCGCCGCGGGAGGAGGCGGAGGCGGAGGCGGAGCAUCAUCAGCCGGCGCUAUAG